AUGGAAGAGCGUAAAAGACCUUCUCCUUACGAUUCCGUAGAAUCCGCUCCGCCACUGAAGAAGCAAGCCACUUCUGCAAAUGGCGCAUCGAAAUCUCACAAGGAUGAUGACAUGCCUUGGAAGGAUGAUCUGGAGAGAUUCCAGAAAGAUGCGAUAUGGCGGCAGAUGCAGGAAUAUAAGAGAGAGAAAAAUAGCUUGGAGGCUCAAUUGAAAGAGAUGCGGAAGAAGGCUCGAUAUCAUGACGAUCAUCUCCGGAUCAUUGAUGCAUGGUUCCAACAAGUUGUCGAUGAGGUCAAAGUCAUCGCCAAAGCGGAUGACGAUGUAGACAUGGACCCUGUGUCUCUGCCCUCUUCGCUCCUUUUUUCAGACCAAGAACAAUUCGAAGAACAUCUCCGCAGCCGCUCAAGGCAGAUACAAGAUGUGAUAUCAAGAUUAUUCGGUCCUACAAAGCCGUCAUCGCCGGACGUAGCUGAAUUGCAGUCGCACGUCGCAAAAUUGUUGGCGGCGGAAAAAUGUCACCUGGUCGAAUUACAACGGCUGCAGUCGGAAAAGGAUGAUCUGGAUCACCAACUAGAAAAUGCCUCUCUCAGGUAUAUGACGGCCGAACGGAAAAUUGACAGGGCAAAGAGUGUGACGGUCGCCAAACUAGAGAAACAGGCUUUACUAGGCGCAACCAAACCCGCAGCGGAGGAAGGUGGUCCGGUCAAGAGAGAAGAAAGCACGCUCAACGGAACAACUGACAAUUCUGAAGAACUAGCCGAACUAGAAAAAGAAUUGAACAAGACUGUGGCAGCGUCAGAAAAGCAGAAAGAGCAGUUGGACAGGCUAGAGGAGGAGAAUGCAAAGUUGACUGCACAGUUAACGGAGCUGCAAACAAAAUCGGCAACUUUGACGGAUGAUGACUAUGCCAAAACCGAGUUAUUCAAGCAAUUGAAAUCGCAACUCGAGGAUACCAUCAAAAAAUUCAAUAAUCUGGAUGCCACCAAUACCGAACUCAAGGAAGAAGCCUCGAAAUUACGAUCGGAAAGGACGACAUACCAACUUCAGUUGGAAAAUGAGCAGCGAGUGGCAAUAGCAGAGAAGGAAUCUCUUUUAGCGGCAUCAGAGACCAAUCUCGCAAGGAUCCGACACAGCAGAGAUGAAUUACUUGCAGAUCAGGCUGUUAAGCAAGCUUCUCUGGACCAAAACCAGGAGGCUGUGAAAAAGAUAACGGAGCUGGCUUCGGCGCAAGAGGACCGUAUCCGGGCACUCGAAUCAGAAAAUGAGCGGCUAACGACUCAAGCUGCCGAGAUGGUGGUGGACGACGCAGAGUUGGACGCUUUGAAUCUGGAAGAUCUGCGGGCCAGAUACCAUGAACUUGACAGGAAGUAUAAUCUCCUCAAUGGUGAACUCGCGUCCAUGUCUACAGCGUUCCAAAAGACCUCAAAGAUCGCGAGUCAAAAAGUUUCCGAAUUUGCUGCCAUGGAAGAGAAAGUGCUGAAGCUGUCGAUGGACAAGACCAAAGCCGAUCAAAAAUUCUUUGCCGCCAUGAAAAGCAAGGAAACCCAGGCCGGCGAGAUCAGAACGCUGCGGCUGCAGAUCGCCAAGUCCGCAGAGGCAAUCGCGGCGUUGAAAGAAGCUGAAGCAGCCACGCGAGCUUUGAUGGCGACGGCGGACAAGCAAUUGUCCGAAUUGAAGGAUGCCCUCGCACACAAGACCAAUGAACAUCGGACCGUCCAACAACAGAACAUCACGCAAAGUCUCGAAAUCUCAAGAUUAAACACCCAAAUAACAGAGCUGAGGACCCAGGCCACUGCCAAAGACGCCAAACUUGCCGCCGCAACUAGCGCUUGCCGUGCGGCUGAAGUUGAAGUUGAAGACCUUAGAUCCUCACUCAAAGAUACGCGCAGAAACCUCGAGACAUGGAAAUCCAAGUCAGGACAGUCCGAGCAGUACGAGAUAUUGAGACAGUUUGCAUACUGCAAUAUCUGCAAGCGGAAUUUGAAAAACACCGUGAUCAAGACGUGCGGGCAUACGUUCUGCAACGACUGUGUGGCCGAGAGACUGACAUUGAGGGCGAGGAAGUGCCCGAAUUGCGGGAAAGCGUUUGGCGCGAACGAUCAUAUGCGCAUUACACUUUGA